CAUUACCGGGGAUUAUUAUUUGUAAUCCCUCGUAACCAAACAUAUGAGCUGCAAAAAAGCAUAAACCCAUCACCGAAUGUAAACUGACCUCAUUUGUUUCCACCAAAUCAACUGUUUUUCACUACAGAACUGAAAAAAGACAAAGGCGGCGAAUAGAGGGAGGCGAAGAUCGAACGCGCAAGGAGAAUCAAUCAGCCAAUUGGUUUUCUGUCUCAGCUAACGAGUCUGGUCAAGACUGGGCAAAACACACAGGAAAUGGCAAGAAAUAUGGGUCAUCUCUUGAGAUCGAUGAUUGAGCUUCCAGUAUCCAAAGUUGGUUUUCCAAAGAACUCAGCUAGUCGACUCAUUUGUUCUUCAACUCAAGGAGCGCAAAUCAAACAGGAUCGUCCUGGAGAGCAUGAUCCUCGUACCUCGGAUGAGAAGGAGAAGGUUGAUAACAAAAAUGAAGGGAGUACUGAAGUUGAGGGCGAGAAUGAUGAAGGGGGCAGUGAUCACAUUAACAAAAAGACUGGUGAGAUUGGAGGCCCUAAAGGUCCUGAGCCCACCCGCUAUGGCGAUUGGGAGCGUGGUGGUCGCUGCUCUGAUUUCUGAUUUCGUUUCAGCUUUUGAUUCAACUUCCAUCUUAUAGGUAAUGACUUACCUGUUCGAUAUGUGGGAGACGAAUAAAUAAUAAUGUGGGUGACAGUCAAAAUAGUCAUGUUAUGUUCGAAGUUCUUUAUUUUUUCCUGAUGAUAGGGUUGCUCCUCUGGUGCUUGAAUGUUGCAAUCAUUAUUGAAUAAGAGCAGCCGUUACAUGAUUGUAGCAUGCGUAAGUUUCUGAUAGUAUAGGUGAUAAGUCUUGUUAUUUGGAAGUUGUGAUUUUAUUUUGUGCCUCACACAACUUAUACUAGUUGUGUGAGGCCUCUUUUUAUCUCGCAUAUUUGUGAACGCAUAUCUUACACAUUUGGGUCUACAAAAUUCUGGGACCACACAGUUGUGAGACAAAAAAGAGGCCUCACAUAACUAGUGUCAGUUGUGCGACGCACAAAAUAAAAUUUUUCCUUUAUGAUUAUGGGAAUGCCUGGCUGAUGCGGCAAUAUUGCAGUGUAUCAGUUAACGAUAGUAGCUUUUAGAGGAUUGUCUGAUUUGAAGUUUUCUGAUAUUUGGGACA